AAGUAGCCUAAAGUCUUGAAGUCUUGUGUGUAAAGUAGCCUAAUGUCUUGUGUGUAAAGUAGCCUAGAGUCUUGUGUGUAAAGUAGCCUAAAAUCUUGUGUGUAAAGUAGCUUAGAGUCUUGUGUGUAAAGUAGCCUAAAGUCUUGUGUGUAAAGUAGCCUAAUGUCUUGUGUGUAAAAUAGCCUAAUGUCUUUUAGUAUCAGCCAUCGUUGGUAGGCCUAUAAUUAAGUUUAACGCUUUCUCGAAGAGGUAACAGAAAAAUAAUACAGGUGCAAUACAUUGAGUAGCACGUAAUAGUGGAAUAUGUGCAUUCAGAAAGUGGAUGUCCCAGGAACACAUCGAUUAUACUUAGUGUUUAUAAGUCUGGGGGGAAGUGAAGUGAAUAACAGCAGUGUGUUGUGUACAUAGUGGAUAGCAGCAAGCAGCGUGCACAUAGCGGAUAACAGCAGUGUGUUUUGUACAUCAGCAGUGUGAACAUAGCGGAUAACAGCAGUGUGUUGUGUACAUCAGCAGUGUGAACAUAGCGGAUAACAGCAGUGUGUUGUGUACAUCAGCAGUGUGAACAUAGCGGAUAACAGCAGUGUGCUCGUAGACAUUGUGGAUAACAGCAGUGUGCACAUAUUUAAAGGUUUGUAGACAGCAUUUUUGUGUUUAUCUGCAAUAAUAAUAACGUAUAAAUAACACGAAUAAUAUUAAUAUUAGUAAUAUUUAGGCCUACUGUUAUUUCAAAAAGGAAAAUACAAGUUAUUCAAUGGAAGACCAUUUGAUUGUAGGAUCUUUAAAUCUUAACACUCGCAAUUGUUGCUAUUAGAUUUAAAGUUUAAGGAACAUUUUACUUUCACGUGAAUGGUGUUGGUGUUAGUAGUAUUACCAGGUAGACCUUUUAAAAAUUAAUCCAUAGACCACCGUUGUCCAAACUUCUAGGCCGACGGAUGAGUUUUGGUCAUGCAACAGUGCACUCAUUUCUGCAGUAAAUGGCGCCCUCCAAAGGUUCCGCCUGGCCCCUACACUGCGUGGACAGCUGCACGUGUUGCCCACUCAGUGGCUAUCGUGACAAGGUGUCGCCCUGCUUGAUUAUCUCCUUAAAGCCAUUGAGUAGUCUCAUUUUCUGUGUAGAGGAAAAGGAGAUCCGGUAGUACCCCCCCUCUUUUACGCCACUGUAUGGAGAGGUGACCAAAAUAUAUAUGUUUUGGCUUGAUCUUUUAAUCAAGUAUGUUAGUGGCGAACCUAGGAGGGGGGGGGGACUAUGAGGGUUAACGCCCCGGUGGCACUUUUGGGAUUUAUAUGUAGGUACUAUUUAAAAUGUGUGUUUGAAGGGCGCACUUUUGGCAUUUCGUCCUGGGUGGCAUUUUGUCAAGGGACGCCACUGUGGCUUAGUUUUCGUACAGCUCUAUAUAUGGCCCGCCAUUUUGAAUUGAGUUGGUAACAGUGUCAACAAAAGCUUAACCCCGUGAAUUAAUGGCCGACAUACCAAGACAGUGACUAGCUUCCCACGACAGGGCCUACACUCAUUCUACACACGGAGGCCCACAUUGAACACACGGAGGCCCACAUUGAACACAGGGAGGCCCACAUUGAACACACGGAGGCCCACAUUGAACACACAGAGGCCCACAUUGAACACACGGAGGCCCACAUUGAACACACGGAGGCCCACAUUGAACACACGGAGGCCCACAUUGAACACACGGAGGCCCACAUUGAACACACGGAGGCCCACAUUGAACACACGGAGGCCCAUAUUCUUGAUAAGAACGCUCCCAACAUUCACAAAACGAAGGCCCACAUUCAACCCCCCAAGGGCCCACAUUCAACCCCCCCCCCCUCCGAGGGCCCACAUUUUCAUCACACGAAAGCCCCCACGGUUCGUUAGUUAACGUUCGAUGAACGUGUGUCUGAAACAGUGUUUCUUUCAGAAAUUCCCCCUCCCCCCCCCCCGGGGGGCACUUCAGAUUUAUUGGUGGGGGGGGCAGUGCCAGCAGUUCCAGUUGAUUUACUGUUGGACAUAUUUUUCUCCGGGGGGCACUUGGCUUAGGCUAAAGUUAACAUAAAUGUUGUUUUAAAAAAAAAUUUAAACUUUUAAUGGGUAGCAUUAAAAAAACUUAGAGUGCUAUCGAAUUGGCUGAUGACUGAUUGUACUGUACAUAAGUAUUGAAAAGUAAACAUUUCUAUAUUUUGCAAAUUCGAAAUUGAAGGGGAAAAAAACGAAUACCAAAGAAAUUCAAAGAAACACUUUAAAUAAAAAAAUUGUCCACAUUAGGCCUACUUUGUUGUGAAAUGAUUACUGACUAUGAAGAUAAUAAUGUUUAGUUUAAACAACUAGACUAUAUGGCCUAAAUAAGAAAAUAUUGAUGAUUGAACUAUAUAUAGACUAUGGUCAAACUGUCUCCACACCCCCCCCCCCUUUUCAAUUUUUUUAAAUUUAAAUUUAACCAACACUUUAAAAAAAAAUGUUUCACAACAACCUCUUUUCAACUUCUAAUAAUAUUACUAGUUGUGGACACAUUUUACCGAGGCUCUAGUGGUUGCGACACUCGAAAGGUAAUGUUUAGUUUAAACAACUAGACUAUAUUGCCUAAAUAAGAAAAUAUUGAUGAUUGAACUAUAUAUAGACUAUGGUCAAACUGUCUCCACACCCCCCCCCCCCUUUUCAAUUUUUUUAAAUUUAAAUUUAACCAACACUUUAAAAAAAAAUGUUUCACAACAACCUCUUUUCAACUUCUAAGAAUAUUACUCGUUGUGGACACAUGUUACCGAGGCUCUAGUGGUUGCGACACUCGAAAGGUUCAGAACCGCUGUGUAGGCGAAAGUGUGUCUAAAGGAGGUGAUGGUUGAGAAAUUAAUUGUCGCCCUCAUCCCGACUUACCGUAAAUGAACGUUGGGGCAGAAAAAAAGGGGGAAUGGGGGCUGAAACGACCUAGUGUGUCUCCGUCAGUGUUAUGCCCCUCUCUCGAUAGCACAAGUCAAACGUGCCGCCAAUCAGACUCGGCGUUGUCUACGCCUGUUGCAUCAUCUGACCUUGGCCAGAGACAGGGAAAGAUCUACUAAUAUAAUACACUAUAGAAAGUUUGGCAAGUGAAUCUUGUUUAUUUUCUGACAAUUGACAAUUGCGUUAGCCUUUAGCCGAAGGGCCGCGUUCUAAUUAGACGACCAAAUUUCCGGUCGAUCAAAUUACCGUCGAUCAAUUUACCGUCGACGAAAUUUCUUUCGAUCAAAUUUCCGGUAACCGGCAAGACUACGUGGCCGCAUAUGGCGGCAAAAGUUUACGGACUCCGGGAUGUGGAACGGCAAAAAAAAAAAAUUAAUUGUAACGUAAACAGAAAAAAAGAGCAAAUAGGGUGAAAAAUGACAUGUUGGGAAAAAAUAAAUAUGGAAUUGUUUUCAAAAAGCAUACGACUGUCUUUAUGGCUAUAUUUUACUUGUCUUUAUUUACGAUAUUACACUUCUGAUUAUGGUCAUAAAAAUUUAAUGCAAUCAGGCGGAAUUUAUGAACGCUGAGAUUUCCCUUUUGUUUUGCUUUAAAAACAUUUGUGUCUUUGGACAUCUUAAACGUCUUGCGGACUUUUACGUAAUAAUCAGUUUAGGUCAAAUUUUUUGGGGAACCGUUCGCAAAUUUACUGACGGUUGGCAACCCUGGCAGGGGGAUGGGGGGGGGGGGGCAGAUCGGAUGAUAGUGGGGUGAGAGGAGGGAUACGUAUUUUUAUUUUUAAACAAAUAGACGAUAGCCAAACAACUUUAUUUGAUGGCGGCUACACCGCUGAUGAAUCAUGACAACACGGCGACCUUUUGCCAGCGUGUCAAUAAAAACAUGAACAAAGCAAAGGGCAAGGGUCACGUCCAGGGUUUCUUUCAGGCAGAGUUUCGGGGGGGGGGUGGGCCCCCUCUCCCAGCAAGUCAAGUACCCCCCUCCGAGGAAAAAAUGUGUAAAUAAAUAAUAAUUUUUUAAUAUAAAAAAAAAAUACUGUAUUAAAUUUUAAUUUUUAUAUCUUUUAAAAAAAAAGUAAUAGAAAUGUGUGCCUUUCAUCGAUUACAAUUAAUGGAACCAAUAAAAUAGAGCUUUGUUCGAUAUAUGUCGAUGAUCCAUAGCGUUCAGGUUAAUCUUGUUACCGGCUUACAGGAUUAUAAAUAUCGUAUUAUUUUGAAAAUUAGCCGCUUCUGAUCAUAAGCCAAAAUCUUACUUUUUGUUCGCAUAUAUUGGUAUUUUUAUUUAAUUAUAUAUUGCAGCUUCACAAGUUGAAAGACUUUAAUAACACUAUAUUUAACUACCUUUACAUCGAAAUAAAGGUCUAUAAAUUGAAUACAGUUCUUGCUAAGUUUUAAGCAUAUGCAAUCUGUUUUCAAAUCAUAUUUCAUCAUAAAAGCAUGACUAAUAAAGUAGAGACAAGUGUUCAUUAUAAAAUGUAUUAUAGCAUUAUGCUUUAAAAAAAAUCGUUUUUAGCUUAGCAUUUAAUGUACUCGAUUCCAUCCAUGUACAUUGAGUUAGAUAAAAUGAAAAAUGAAAAAAUAAAUAUUUUAAAACAAAAAUUAGGAAUUUAACCUUUUAUAUACCAAUAGUGGACGGUUCAUCAGUUAUUAUUAAAUCGAGUGCGUUUCUAACCACUUCAUUACCACUGGGUUUUUGGGCAUCGAUUUUUGCUGACUCAGCAUUGAAAAAACUUAAAGAUGAAAUUAUCGGUAUAUUUCAUUCUCUAUCCGAUUCGCUUUUUAACUUCUCUAUUAGAUCAACGAAUAAGGAAAUUUAUAGCACUGAAAUAUGACUUCGAUGUGACGUCCUUUGUAGUUCAGAAAAGUUCUUUCACUUUUUGUUAUGACGACGAUGUGACCAGGGUUACUUUCAGCCAAGUGCCCUCCCCCCCCCCCAGAGCAAAAAUAUGUCCAACAUUAAAUCAAAAAAAAAUCUGAAGGGCCCCCCCCCCCCAGGAAAUUUCUAAAAGAAACACUGGAUGUGACGUCCUUGGUAAUUGAAAGUGGGUGACCUUGACGUCGCCAUCGACGUCAUCGGUAAGGAAGUGUUGUGUAACAGUUUCGUGAACAACAGAGUAAAAUGAACUUUAAAAAAAACAUACUUAGCCAAUAUUUAUUAAGUCCACAAGGACUCUUUUCUUUUUAAUAUCAUAAUAAAAUGAGCGGAGCCAUACAGAGACAAGGAAGGGGGCGCCGAACGGGUGCUUUGCACAGGGCGAAAGUUUACCUGUGUCCGUCGUUUCCGGCGUACCGCUUCCUCCGUUCUCACCGUCCUAUAGAGCAUUAUAUGUCCUUCUAUUAUCUACAAAUUGUCUCCAUUGAUCAAAAUAGAUUUUUAGAAAAAGUCCCUUCGAAAAAAUUUCCUUGUCACCAAAUUUAUGUUCAAUUAAACUUCAGUCUGACUUAUUUUCCGUAUUUCACCAAAUUAAUUUCCCUCGUAUCGAUUGAAAAAAACCGAGAAAAAAUGUCACGUGUUACAAACGAUACUAUUUAGACCCCUAGAACAUGUCAGGGCGAAACGCGCCGUGGGCCGCUGGGGUUAAGUUGCCAGAACAUAUCAGGAUGAAACGCGCUGUGGGCCGCUGGGGUUAAGUUGCCAGAACAUAUCAGGAUGAAACGCGCUGUGGGCCGCUGCGGUUAAGUUGCCAGAACAUAUCAGGAUGAAACGCGCUGUGGGCCGCUGGGGUUCGUGCCCAAAACUGCAAAGCUGACUCAUUUCUUCAUUUAAGUUCCGCAACAUGUUACACCGGAUGCCGAUUAAAAAAAAAAACACACCAAAUUUCGUCAUCAGAAACCGACACAGGGACUUUCACCCAAUUUAAAAUUUUCGGUGUCACAAUGGCAACCUGGUUCAUCAACCACAUCUUCUACAUAAGCUCUACCGCUUCGGCAUCCUAAUAUAAAGAACCAUGCAAGUUGUGGUGGAUGGCGUCCGAUCAAGCAAAGCCACUAUAGACUCAGGAGUUCCUCAGGGUACAGUGCUGGGCCCCCUUCUCUUUCUCUGUCAUAUAAACGACCUCCCGGAUACUGUAAAAUCUCAAGUGAGGCUGUUUGCAGAUGACUGUCUUGCUUACAGAGAGAUACAUGGCUACGAUGACCACAACCACCUCCAAGCAGAUUUGAAGUGCCUUAUGAAAUAGGCGGACAAAUGGGGCAUGAAAUUUAACGAAACCAAAUGCUACACAAUGAGUAUCUCAAGAAAAAAACCAUCAACCCUUAUGUACUCUCCAAACAAGACCAUUCUCCAACAAGUAUCAAAUAAUCCAUACCUUGGAAUUCUUCUCUCUAAUAAUCUAAAAUGGUCACCCCAUAUAAACAAAAUUUCAAAAAAAAAAGCGAUCUCCACACUUGGUUUCAUUCGAAGAAAUCUGCGCCACUGCCCAACAUCCUGCAAACGAAAUGCCUAUCUCGCACUCGUCCGUCCGCUACUAGAAUAUGAUGCGAUAAUCUGGUACCCAUACCUAAAGCAAUACGUGGACAAAAUGGAGCGAAUACAACGCAGCGCGCUUCAUCGCAAGUGACCAAAUCCACCACUCCUGGCUACGUUCGUGACAUCUUAAAAAGAUUUGACGUCCCCUCCCUUAAAGACAGACGAGAAAAGCUCCGUCAAAUAUUUCUCUAUAAAGUGGUCACGGGACUGGUGUCAGCUAUUCCAGCUAACACGUAUCUAACCCCGCAGAAGCCAGGUCGCUUAAUAAUCAGAUCAUUGCCGUCUCAAGGCAUAUGGGCUCACUAGGCACUGGCCCAGGGCCUUGCCUUACGCUUAUAAGGGGCCUCACGCUUCUAGGAGACUCACUCUUUUAGAGGCAUCAUGCUUUACACAUCGUUAAUAAAUAUUAAAAGAUUUUGGCAAUUUAAUUUGAUUUACAAUUCAGUGGAUAGCACGUUUCCCCAUUUUAACCCACGAUAUUAUCGGCAGAUUCUAAAAUUAAUAUUAUAAAUGCGAAUCUCAAGUUGGAUACUUCUUAAAGGGGAAUAAUUCUCGUCAACACGUUUUACUUCUCCCAGAUAUGAAUGGAAAAAAAAAGCACAAGGUUUUUUGUUUUGAAAUCAUGUUAGACUAAAAUGUUAGUCUCAGGCGGUAAUAACCCUUGCUACGCUACUGCUCCGUACUCAGUAGUGAAAUUAGUGGAGAAAAUCGUCUUAAGGCAUGAGCAUAUGGCGCACUUGUCGAGGGUAUCACGCCUCUAGACUCUAGGUGGUCUCAUGUUCGAGGGGGCCUUCUGCCUCUCGAAUAGUCUAGACUUUAAAUCCAUACGGCAUCAUACGGGCAUCACACCCCUAGGCAGUCUAGGGAACCUCACGUCUCUAGGCCACCUCGCGCUUCUACUUCUAGGGGCUGCCGAUAUUAUUGGUGGAUAUUGAUAUUUUGUCACUUUAUUUUGCUUUAAAAAAUGAAAGCGGCAAGACCGGUUUUUUUGUUUUUUUGUUUUUUUUUUGUUAAAUAAGUUUUUUGACUCUCACAUCAUUUCAAAAUCAUUUUUUUUCUAGCUGCAUGCAGACUGUAGGAAAAAUUUUCUUUUGAUAAAUUAUCAAUUUGAAGAAAAAAAAAUAUAUUAAAAAUUAUAGAUAUAUUUUCCUGGCGGGGAGUUUUGGGAGGAGUAAACCAAAUAGUCUUGCAAAAGGCACCAAAGGUUCAUUAUAUAGUAUUUAAAAUGAAGAAAGUUAUAGUCGUUAGAAAUUUGGGAAAAACUAGUUAAGUUUGUAAAUUUUAAGUUACUGCAUUUGUUUGGUUAUUCACGCUGACUUAUUUUCCCUCAGAUAAAUCACAUAUUAAUUUUAAUUUAUUUUUAAAAUAGCCAUGCCAUACAAAAUAUAUAGACUUUUUCUACAAAACAGUACUUUUUCUCAUUUUUUUGUAACUAUAAAUUUGGGAAAACCUAGUUAAGUCAAAAUUUUUAAUAAUUAUACUAACAUACUAAUAGAUUUUUUUGUCCUUAAAAAAAAUUUAACAACUGUUUUGAAUGGAAUUUUUUAUUUUUGAUGAAUUAGUUUAAACAAUAAUUAGUUUCAAAUUAAAUUAUGAAACAGCACUACUAUUUAGUUAUAAUUAAAAAUAAAAGGAAUUGUGUAACCCAUUGCAUGGUCAAGGGAACCUAAAUUUUAACUAGCAUCUUUGCUGUUGCUAGCCGGUUAAGUGUAUAAUGAUGCAAAACUAAAUUCAUGUAUGCGCCAAAAUGCAUCCCAUCAUUUUGAAUUUAUUAGAAAUUUUCUGGGGAGGGGCUUACUGAGACCUCUCUCCAAACCUUACCCCAGCUUCGUUCGGCGCCCUCGAUCUCUUCUCACUCCCCAAUUGAAGAGACAGUACGACACAUUUUAAUCUAAAAAAGCUUUGGAUGUGAGUAAUUACAAUGAUUGUUCUGAAAGGACAAAGUUAUGAUUUUCCUGUAGUUUGGUAAACGUAGUUGGACUUAAAAUAUUUUAGAAACGAAACUAAGCUGAGGCUAAAAGCAUACCCUCAGGGGACUCUACUACCAGAAUGAAUUUAUGGUUAUGUAUGGCGUGCUGAAUACUCAGCUAUGAGACAACCAGUGACGUAACGUCUAAGCAUCAGAUGCAGGGGGUCUGCAUUUAAGUGGCGCAUGGGUAUGUUCUGAAGCCCAGUCCUACAUAAACUAAAUACAUUUUUUUGUUGGUAGAAAAGGUGCAGUACUCUCACUUUGAUCAAUGGGGUGUGGGGAGCAGAAAUUUGGGGCGUUGAAGCCACAGCAAAAGUGGGGGGAAAGGGCCUGUUGAGGGGAUUCAGUGAGCCUUUUAAAUGCAUUCCAUCUGUUGAUUCCUGAGACGUCUUUUUAAUAUGGUAUCACCAACAGACAGUACUAUUAUAGCUAGUCUGUGAUUUUUACAGUCCUAUUUGGCAUACAAAUGGAUUAUCUUAGGGUUACAAAGAAGCACUGAAUUUUGGUAUUGACUCGGGGGUGGGGGGGUUGUUUUAUUUUGAUUCCUGCUUAGUUUCACCCCGGGUCCAACUAUAUGAGACAUAUAUUUAUUAACCAUAAUGCAUUAACAUGUAGAUAUCAGCCUGCAUGGAUAUAAUGUACUCGUUGCAGUUAUAUGUGGUUGCUGUGAUUUUUUUAUAUUUCAAAAUAUUUUUGUUUUUGUUCAUCAACUAUAUGGCCCAUAAGUUGAAACAUCAAUCUUAAUUAUUUCAGUGCAAGUUUUCCUAUGGUGGUAAUUGAAGUUGUUCCAUAAGAAAUUCUUCUACGAAGUGUUGCCAAAAUGAAGAAGCCCAAGUCCCAUUUGGCAAUGGGUGUUCUGUUUCAGUUCCAGAAACUUUGGCCUCUGCUCCCAUUGGUGACCCUGAUGUUUCUGUCUCCAAUCAUGGCCCUUAUUGGUCAAGUGGUGGCAGAUAGUUGUGUAAUCAACACUCAAAGUAUGACAAAAACAGAAAUAGUUAACAGUUUAAGAAUUUGACAUUGUUAUGUUGAGAAAUUCUAACACACUUAGAAAUUACAUUAUCAAGUAUUGGCAUUUAUUUACAAAAUGGUGUUAAAUAUAACUGAAACAAAUCUAAAAUAAGGAUAAGCUUGACUUAAAAAUGAGAAAACUUAAAUUUUAUUUUUAGUUUAUUUAGGCUGGGGACAAAGUCCUUGGUGAGUGUUUGAAACAUUUCUCAUGGGUUCAUUUCAAAAAUGAUUUUUUUUCCCCAUUGACAUAGCUAAUUAAAAAUUUUCAUCACAUUAUUCCUUGGUAUUUUUUAAUUUAAAAUAUUUGUAUUUUACAGACCAAUAUCCUAAACAAGCACAUUACUUCUUCUACAAAGAUCAAGACCUACCAAUUAUCCUUGAAGACAGUAAUAGAAUUUCUCAUCGCAUCACAAACAUGAUACUGAAAAUUAUCCUUCAGGUAUUUGUCUGCGGGAUUAUAUAUAAAAUUGUAUGAAAAAUAACACGGUUGAUCUAUCUGUAGUCUGUAAAUAUUUUACUACAUAAAAGAGUUAAAUUAGCUUUGGUUACUAUUCAAUCAAAUUAACAAUUUAAUAGCAAUAUCUUAUGUCAUGGGUGAUAUAUGAAAUUUAUAUUUUAAAAAUUAACUAUUUUCAAAUUUAUUACCUAAUUUUAUUUUUAAAAAAUGUAAAAAUUUGAAAUUAAUUUAUUAUUUUAAACUUUCAGACUGUUGCAGGUUAUCAGAAUAUUAAGAUAGAGCACUGCUAUUUUUAUGAUAAUCAUAACAUCACAAUAUUGUUGGACAGAAUAUCAGGGAAUAUGGCAUCAAAGUAAGAUAAUGUAGUAGUAGUACAUUAAUAUGUUUGUAACACAUACUGGUACAUAAUUGGUAAGAGGCAAAUUACAGAUUAAAUUAAAAUUUAAAUCUGAUAGAACUAGACUAAUGGAACAUUAAGGCUUCAAUAAUAAGCUUUGAAAAGAAACUUAUCAUUCAUUGAAAUCAAUCUAAUUUAUGACAACAUUGUCCAAAAUCUUACAGAGUGACAUGGUUUUGGAACUUUAAACAAAGUAAGAGUUUGUGUAGCAAAAAUCAAUCUCAUUUUGAAUCGUCAUUGCUAAUGACAUUAGUUGAACUAUUAACAUGAUUUGAAAAUUAUUGUUGAACUGCGUAUGUUACUUAAUUAUUUAAGUUCAGAAUUUUGGUGUAAUGGGAAUGACAAUUUUCAGCUUUUUUCAUCAAUAUUUUGUUAAAUCACAUUUAUGAACCUUUAUUUUUUAUUAUUAUUAUAUUAAUGCAUUGCAUGCCCAUUUGUACAGUUAAAUGUUGAUAACUCAUUGUAGUGUAUGUAAAUUCAAAAUGGAUGUUUGUUUAAAAAAACCAUUUGAUUAAAGCAUGAGUAUAUAAUGUUUAUAUUUAUCAGACACUGCCAACCACCCACAGUAAACUAUGAUAUUAUCCCAAAUACUAUGGUCAAUCUUGAGGCUUGGAUGGUCGCAGGCUUUGAUAAGGGACCAUGGCUGGACACUCACCUGUUAGUGGAUGCUGGACCAUUAGGUCCACAGGGAAGGUAUGAAAAUUGUUAUACUUUUCACUAUAUUCCAAGUGUUAAACGUUGUUAAUAUCUAUAGAAAAAUGUAUGAAGUCAAAACCAAAAUUUAAAUAUAUAUUGUCCAUCAUACAAAGUGAUGUUAAAAAAAGAACCUAAGUUAUGGUAGGAUCUUGUAAAUAACAUCACGGAGAAAUCUCAAACAUUGAAGAGAUGUUCAUCCUACUUAACAGAUGUUAAGGCCCUGUUGCACUUAGACUCUAACCACUAAAAACAUGAGAAAAAUCAGAUCUCACUUUCUAAAUAUUCUAAAUUUCCACAAUUAAUCUGAUUAAUCUACCAAUAUAUUUUAGAAAUAUAAUAACUAUUAUUAUUUUUAUUAUCAUCACAGAAUGGGCUGGUUUAUUCCUACAGCAGUUGUUGAUGAAGUGUGGAGAAAUGAUUCCAAGAUCAUCGACCACUGGAUAUCAUUCAGUGUGCCUAAACUUGCAGGAAUGUUCUCAUGGUGGGGUAAGAAGGAACUGGAACUGCUUAAACCUGAUUAUAGAGUCGACGCUUUUAGAAACCCCAGGUGUCAAGAGUUCAAAGGAAAGAGACCAAAGUGUGCGACGCUCUUCGCUUCCAAUAAAGGUGAGUUAUAAUUGUCAAACAACAAAAUCACUAGCUUUGGUGUCUAUUAGGAACUUAGGAAAACUACACCACAAAAAUAAGUUGAAUUUCAUCAAAAUUAAGGUCAUGCUAAAAGUUUCUAUUUAAAUAACAUUGUUUUCAAACCAAGGUUUCUGGAUACGUGUAAUUUGAAACAUUCUCAUUCAUUGAAACAAUGCCUUUUUAUCUCUAUCAUUACCUGUUUUAAAUAAAAUGUUUUAAAGUGUUAUGGUAAAGAUUGCAAUGAUUGAUAAUUUUUGUAUUUUUAAAUGCAUUAAAAUGAAAUAUACUUAUUAAUUAUCAUGUUUAAUUUAAUAAAUAGAUUGAUUUGAUUGUUAUUCAUGUUACUAAUGAUAACAUUUUAUGUACUUGAAAUGUACAUUUAGGUGUUGAUGCAGGUAUCCUUGAGUCACAGAUACUAGCUCUGAAUAUGUCUGUAGACAUAGUGUGGCUGGAAGACAAACUGCACUCAUUCAUCAAUGAACAAGUUCAAGUCAAUCACAGAGUUCUUUUUUUUAGCUCACAACCUGAUACACUGACAGCCUCUGGAAAGUUUACACGUGUCAAUUUCCCAGAGACUCAUUCAUCUCACAAAAAUGUAAUUUUUAGUCAUUUUAUUAUUUAGCACCAAAGAAAAAAAUUAUUAAAAAAAUUAUUUUAAAAGAAUUUAUGACUUUUGAACUUGUUUUUAUAAUAAAUAUAAUAGACAAAGAUUAUAAAGUAUACAGCUUUGUUAGCUGCCCUGUAACAUGUUUUGCUGUUGUUUUAUUUUCCAAGGGUUUUCUUCCUUGCCUAUUAUUUUAUUGUUUGAAAGGCUGUGUCUGUUCCAACUAGAACUUUUCUGAUAAGCUUGGAGUCAAACCCUAGGCCACUCGAAUGGUCGUCCUGUGUCUCACUGACUCAUCCAUAAAAAAAAAAUAUUUGACAAAAAGAAUUCAUGUGGGCUAUUUUCAUUGUGUCUACUUUGCUGCAAAAACACCUCUGACUUUUAAAACGUAUAAAGAUUUAAGAUAAAUUCAUUAUUUAUCCUUCUUUCAUUUCCUGCUUAUUUAUAAUGAACCAUUAAAACCGUUUUCAGGAUCCUAGGGACUGUGACUUCCCAGUUAAUCAGCUGACCAAGGUCCUCUGGGGGCCUCUGAAAACUGGAGCACCUGAGGCUUAUCAUAUUAUCUCUAAAAUGAGUUUCUCAGACAUUGAGUAUGAUCAGCUGAUUGCCCUGUACCCUGAUAACUCAGUCAACGAAAUUGCCUGUUGGUGGGUGCAGAAUAAUAUGGCACAGUGGGAUAAAUGGCUACCAAACAGUCUCAGAGAGAAACCCAAAAUAUACCUUGGGGGUCUCUUUCCUCUAAGUGGCAGAAUGUGGUCUCAGCCUGGGCUUGUGGCAGGUAGGUGGACUUAAGGUGCACUUUUAACAUUUGUUAUAAAUUUAAAACUUCUCAGUGUUUUAAUUAUAAUACAAAUAACUGCAUGUUAAAUAUUUUAAAAUUAAAUUGCAGCUUUUUAAAGAAACACUAAGGGGCUUUUCCAAAUUAAAAUAAUAGAUUUAAAAGAGGAGUAAGCUAUGACUUAAGAAACUUAUGAAUUGUCCGUGCUACAAAAAAGUGUGUCAAAUUUUUAUUUGUAAUGGUACUGGUACUCCCUUUUUUUUUUUUAGUUGCAUAAGCCAUAGUGUUGUUUCAUCUAUUUUUAAGGCUCUUUUCAAUCUACUUCCCAUGUCCUACAAAUAUGGAAAUUGCCAGACAACUUUGUAUUGUUGAGCACUUCGUUUUAUUGAUUUUGACACAUAUCAGUCACAUACAACUAUCUGAAAUACUUACACUUAAAACUAGCUACUGAAUAGUAUUGCAUAUUAUGCACCACUAGAUGUUAGAUCUCAUGCGCUGCAAAAGUAGUCCUCAAAGAUGUCCAAGGAAUUCCAGAGGGAAAGUGAUCUGGAAAAUUCAAAAUCAAAGAUGGUUUUAAUUGCACAAAUCAAAAUGGGAUUUUUGUAAAAAAUGCUGAAAAUCAUACUGUUGGAGUCAGGUCGUCGUCAUGGAGAAAAUCUGUACAACAUCAAUCAACAAGCCCUUUGUGCCAUUUCUAAACAUUUCACCAGUGCUAACCAUAAUGGAAUAAUGCACAUUGCAAUUACUGGUGUACUGUAUGCAAGUAAUACCCCUGAAAGAUUUUCAUAUAUUGUUUUAUUUACACAAAUUGUUUGUGUCUCAUUAAUCUACUUAAAAUCUUUAUUACAGUUCAAUCCUCUUAUAACCAGAUUAAUCUUGACUAAGUGACUUUAUUAAGUGAUUGUUUUAAUGAUUUCAAGGACAUAAAUUUGUAUAAACCUAAAUUACAUUCCUUCAAUUAACAGUUUAAAAAAUUUUUCAGCUCUCAUUUUAAUGUUUUAUUUUGAAAUUUGAGUUUCCAAUCUGGUUACCUUACAUUUUUUGUUACUCUCCAACUGUAGGUGCUAAACUGGCUGUUGAUUUAGUUAAUAAAGACCCAGAAACUCUUCCAAACCAUACUUUGAUGCUGCUGGAGUAUGACACCAAGUGUGAAGAUGAUGUGGCCAUGAGUCAGUUUAUCUCUCUAGCUCAGCAAAGAAAUCCCCCAAUAGCUGGGAUAUUAGGUAGAAAUGGGAAUCUGUUUUUUGUCAAUGUAAAUAUACCCACCUUACCUAGUUGAACCCCUGAUAACUAGAUAAAUUAUUUGUUAUUGAUGUUUAUUGAACAUUUGUUUCCCUAAAAUUUCUGGUAAUAAAUCUCUGUUUAGUUUAAUAUAUUUGUAUUGUUCAUUUAGGCACUGGAUGUUCUGAUCCUGCUGAGAGGAUAGCUGCCCUCUCCAAACAUUUUAACAUUAUGAUGGUCAGUUAUGGAGCUGAGGCUCAGGUGCUGUCGGAUCGGGAGAAGUACCCAUACUUCUUUAGGACUGUCCCUCCGGUCCAGCUUUACACGUAUGCAAUCUUAUUUUCUAUUGAUAAUUUUCUUCACAGUAUUGAAAGCAACAUAUUGGAAAUACACAAAUAUUGGUUUAUUUUGUAUGUUUAAGCCUUAUUUUAGAAUAGGACUUUUUGGAAAGUACAUAAUGAAAACUUCAUCAAUGCAUCUCCAAGUUUAAAGAAUGUUUCCUUCAAACCAUCAAUUGAAUGACUUUCCAGCUUUUACUACCGGUAAUGAAAAUAGUGAUUUUUUGGGUAAAAAUAAACUUGCAAUUUAAUCUUUGUUUUGUUCUACCAUUAUUAAUCUGAAGCAGUGCAUAUUUGUGUAAAAUGACAAAUGCAUUUUCUGUUAAAUGAUGAGCAAGGGCCAGUGUUAACAUUUUUACCUUUCAACAGGCAAGUAUUUCCCAACUUGUUUAGAGAGUUGGGAUGGAGAACUGUAGGGGCCCUGGCUGAAGGUGGGCAGGAAUUUCCAGAGUAUCAAAUGGCCCUUCAGGAGAGGCUCAAACUCCAUGGUAUUUCCCUGAUUGUUAGACGGAAAUCUCUGAAUGGCACUCAUUCUCCAGAUGUAUCUCAGGUAUUUUAACUUUGAAGAUGGGAGUUUUAAAAUUUAAAAUCCCACUUCCAAAAAGGUUUUCCAAUCUCUUACUUAGAAGCAUUGGGGUCCUUCAAGAAAUUUCAGUUCAAUUUACAAAGUUUUAAUUUUCUAUUACCCUAUUAUAUUAAGUUAAGUAAAAUUAGAAAAUUUAACACUCACAUAAUUCAGUCUUGUAAGAUUAAUAUCAUGCAAUAAAAAUUCAAAGCAGGUGACACACAUUUUAAAACAGUAAAUAUUUUAAUUGCUAAGAACAUUAUUUGAAGAAAAAAAAAUCAGCUGAUUUAAUAUUAUGUUUCCACAUCAACAUUAAUAAAGGGUUAUAGAAUGCUUAGAAAUAGUUAACAGUAUAUGAUUUAAUUUUAAAAAACAACAAAGAAGCAAGUUUAAUUACGGUACUAAAAUUUAUUUAUAUUUCUUACAUUUGGUUAUAAAUGUAAUGAUUCUUUUUUUUUCUGUUGUUUUCUCAAAAUAAGAUUUUGAAAGAAUUUAAAGCUCAGAAUGUGAGAGUUAUAAUAGCUGAUGUCUUCAGUCAUGUAGCUCGAGAAAUUAUGUGUGAAGCUUACAAACAGGUGACCAUAUGAUUCUGUUUUAGGAACUGGCUUUAAUUUAGACAAUUUUAAAAAUUAUUGACUAAAUUGCAUUACGGGUGAUUAAAAUUAAAUAGAUUUAACUUAUCAGAUUUUUUUUUUUAAAUGAAUGAAAAUAAAAGUUAUAAAAUUGUUUCACAUUAAGGAAUCCAGUAUGUUAAUAUUUUUAAAAUUCCUUUGUAUUGUAUUGAUCAGCUAUGCUAAUUUGUACAAUUAUCUUGAGUAUUGAAAGACAAUAAAAGCUCGAAAUUACUAUCAUAUGAAAUGACCAGUAAUGAGCGUUUCUGCCGCCAUAUGAGCCUAUGACCUAAUGUAAAUACUGAACUCUAACCAUCAGAAAAUGACAGCUUUUGAAGGGUAUGUGUGGUUCCUGCCCUCAUGGUAUCCGAAAGACUGGCAAAAUGUUGACUACUAUAAUAGUGAACCAAACACACAUGAAGCCUACCCCCACAGAGAGAAUGUUCCAUGUACCACAGCAGAGGUUGAGCAUGGGGCUGAAGGACAUUUUGUCUUGUCUAAAUCAUUUACUGCACCGCUGGAUACUUGGGUCGUGGGAAACAUUACUGUCAGUGAAUUUAAAGCAUUAUAUGCAAAAAGAUUAGGAACGGUAAGUGAUAAAUUUCUAUGAGCUAUCUGAAUCACUGAAAAUAAGCUUCAAAUGUCCAUAAAUGGAUUUCAUUAAGAGUCAUUACUUAAACAGACUAUUUUAUUUGCAUUAUUCAGUAAAUGUUUUCCUAAUAAUUUAUUAUUAUAGAUAUUUACAAUUUACAGUAAAAUUAAAAGAUAUCAAAAGCAUUAGUAUCUCGCACACCCACUAACAAAACACUGGACAUUUUAAAAUUUCCUCCCUCUUGGUCCCAGUUUGGCUAUGUAAUAAAAAAAAAACGAGUGCAUCAAAGUUUUAACAAAACAAUGUUGUUUUUCCAACCAGUUUGUUGAGGAGAGCAACUUUGCGAGCUUCGCCUAUGAUGCUGUGUGGGUCUAUGCCAAAGGUCUCCAUGCAUUAUUAAAACAGAACCAUGGGGCUCUGGAGACAAUUCAUUCUGUAAAAACAGCAAGGUAAAAUGGUUUACCUGGCUUGACGUAACAGAAAGGCUCAAGGACAAGAGAGAAAAAAAAAUGUCUCCCUUUUCAGGCAGUGACUAAUAUUUCAAGUGGCAACCUUGUAUUUUUUAUAAUAGCAUAAUGAUGGAUUUUUCUUGUGACAAACAUUGUUGAUCAUAGGAGCAAAAGAAACCAGGAGAGAGAUUCUAUAAAUAGUAAAUGUGAAUAAAUUAUUUACAUGAAUAUAUAUACAAAUCCCUCUGAAUACACAAGACUGGCACUGAUGCUCUGAGUUAAAUUUUAUAAUUAUCAAUAAACUUAACUUUGAUGUAUGUAUGUUUGAUAAGAUUGCUUGAUAGUCUUUAAUUACUUCCCUAAAAAAUUUAGUUCAGACCAUUCUUUAUUUCUUUUAUUUAAAUUUUGAUGCACUAAUCAAACCAAACAUUUACAUAAUUUCCAGAGCAUUUCGAUCAGCCAUUGCCAAUCUUAGCUUCAGUGGAGUGUCGGGAUGGAUUAAAUUUGAUGGCAGUGACCGUAAUGCUGAUCUGAUUAUUCUUCAAGAGUUUUCUAAUGAUACACGUGUGGUGGGACAUUACUCACCAAUCAAAGAGCCUAAAGGGGAGCCCAUCCUAAAGAUCUACACAAGUCUGAUUCGUUGGUUGUCUCCUUUGUCACCAGUUAAUGAUAAACAAGAAAAUUGUAAGCAGUUUUCAUUAGUAUUGCUAACCUUAAAGGGUUAACCAUAACAUAUAACCAUAACAAAAACCGGAAUGUUGAUGUUUAAGUGUCUAUUUAUAAAUUUGCCAGAGGUUGUCCACUGUUACGGCGGGCAAUGAGCCUAUUGGAAUGGAUUUGUAAGCAGGCUUGCAAAAUCAAAAAAUGCAAUUUUUACAAUUAUUCUAAAUCUCCACAUUUUUUAAGUACAAGCAAAUUUUUAAAUAGCUUACAAAAGUUAAAAAUGUAAAAUAUCCAUACGACAUUGUUUUUAUGACUAUGUCUAUAUGAUUCGAUGCGUUUGACCCAGAGGCUUAAGCUAAUUUUUUUCAUUUAAUUUUUAAAAAGUAUUCUCUCCAGUGUUAAAAGGUUAAAGCAAGCCAAAAGAAAUACACAAUUUUUAGAUAUUCUGUUUUGUUGAACAUUAAAAAUAAAAUUUGUGCUAUGUCUCAUUUUUUUAUGGAUAUCCCAAAGUUAUUAUAGACUUAUACAGAUAAGUCAUUUAAGAUCGAUUGUUAUUCUAAUAAGGCAGCUAUACUUUAAUAACCUUGGAACUGAUGGCCUCUGAUAGGGACAGCUGGAGAUCCUUUGAAAAAAUAUUCCCGCAAUUAAAUGGGAAGAACUGUAGACAAAGUAAUCAGGCUGCUGACUGCCCACAAGUGGAUGAUCGUUUUAAGUACCCCAUAAGCUUGAGUCUGUGAUCCAGAAUUAAGCUUCAUAGCCAACUCCAUGCUUGCGACCUUAGAGUGUUAAGUUAAAGCCUGCAUUGCAUGUAUAUAUAUAUUAUAUAUAAUAAUAUAACUAAAUAUAUUUGAGUGUGACUAAAAUAGUAUUUUCAUGAGACUGUCUACUCCCUCAGCCAUGGAGGAAUGUUUAUUUGAGAGUUUCCGUGCACAGCUUGGGGUCACCUGUACAAUCGCCAACGUCAUCGUCACAGUCUUUGUUUUCUUUGGAUUUGUCAUUAUUGCGAUCAUCAUUCCAAUUGUAAUGAAAUACAGGUAAGGAAAAGCUGUUAAAAAGGACAACUAAGCAUCUAUUUUAGCCUUGAAGUAAUUUUUUUUUAUUACGGGUAAAAAACACUCCGUAAUUUAAAUAACUUGUGGGCGCUUAAAACAGAAAGAGUUUUUAAAAUAAAUUAACCCCGAAAAACAUAUUUUUUUUUUUUAAUAAAUCCUUUGUAAAAUGUAAUAUUGAGCAAUGGGUGAGGCUGAAAAUUUGACAAAACAUGCGUACAAGUAACGCAAUUUAUAAGAAUCCCAUUUAGUGCCCCAAUCUCAUUUAGUAUUUAGCUCAGCUAUCAGGAAUUUUCCUUCAUGUUCCCCUUGAAAAACAGGAAAAAAUUAUUUUUAGGGGUUGGGGCUGGAAAUAAGAUAGAAUGUGUUGUUGUUGGCAACAAGUCUAUGUGCCAAGUUUCAGCUCAGUAAAUUGACAGGAAGUGGGUCAAUUAGCUGUCUGAAGAUUUUGCCUGCCAGCAACAAAUGAAGGCGAAGUUAAUAUAAAGGAAUUAAGACAUGGAAAAUUGUCAGGGUUCUUAAAAAGAAUGUCACUAAAUGGGCUCAAGUUUCUGUAUUAUAGAGGAUCAGUUGAGAUAGAUACCGGUAUAGUAAGACACAGCAUAUGUAAACCUGUAAAAAUUGACGUAAAUUAAAUUUAGCAACUUUAAAAUUUAAACAAAAUUAAUGACACAUAUACUUAUCUGACCCCUUCAUUGUAUUGUUUAAAAAAAAAAUUUGAAGUCCUGAAAUGUGUAUUUCAUAGAAAUUAAUAGUUCCUUGAACCAAAUAAUGACAUAAUGAAAACAUGUUUAUUAGAAACGUUUAAUUCACUGACCAAUAUCUAACUUACCAUAUUAUUUUUUCUUAAAGAGAGAUAGGUUUAUCAAUUUUAAAAAAAACAACAUCUAAUGAGUGGGGGAUAUUUCCUUAUUUAUUGGAUAGAUUAUUAUUUGAUAUUAAGUCAUUCUUUUUAAAACUGUUAUUUGUGAAUAGUUGCUGAAGGAACUAUUAUUAACAUCUAAUUUUAGGUGUGAUGCAAGGAUGAAAAAAUUCAAGGCUACUCAUGAGAGAAUCAAAGAGCUUGGUCUCUUUAAGGAGGAAUUCUCUCCCAUUUUGACUGUGGAUGACUGGGAAAUACCUCGCAAAGAUGUUGUGCUCAACAGAGUCCUCGGCGAAGGAGCAUUUGGUUAGUAUCCAACUCAUUUGUCAUUUGUUUCCUUCGCUUUUAGAUCUCACAAGACUUAAAUAACUUUAUCAGACAUGAGAUCAAAUGGUCAUGUUUUAAAUGAUCUGCACCCAUAGUCUUAAAUAUGAAAUCAGAUAAAGCUAGAGAAUAAUCUUUUCAUUUUCGGAACUGUUGUUCAGAUAUCUGUGAUAUAAUUUUUUAUAAUUAUGCCAGAUGGGUCUUGGACUCUUAGUGUUGCCGUUGAAUUUCACCAUUUUGUAAAAUAUUUUAUAAAUAUAAAUUUCCCUCUAGUCCCUCCAUUUAGUUAUAUCUUUACAAAAAAAAACAUGUCUAGGAUUGACAGAUUUCUUGACUCAACUAUAUUGUUGCCUGGAGCAAGCACUUUAUUUGACAUAUUAUCUGUUAACCAGGCACUGUGAUGGGAGGUGAGAUGUACAAAGAGAAAGAGGGGUGGGUGGCUGUCGCUGUAAAGACUUUAAAACUUGAUCACAAAGUUGAGGAAAAGGUCAGUCUAAAAGUUCUUCUAGGUCAGUCUAAAAGUUCUUCUUUCACUGUUUCAUGUUGUUAAGCUCAAAUAUCUAUACAAAAAAAAAACCAUUUGACGUUCAAAUCAUGUUUGUAAUCAAAUUCAGUAAGAAGAUAGUGAGAUGGUCGGAAACUUAUCUAUCUUUAGGAUAAAUGGAAUAAUUUGGAAAUUUUAAUAAAAUAUAUAUUUGUGCUUUUUUUAAUAGCUGGACUUUUUCCGAGAAGUUGACAUGAUGAAAAGUUUCAAACAUGAGAACAUUGUUCAACUCUGGGGUGUAUGCACACGCAAGGAGCCCAUGUAUGCUGUCAUGGAAUUUCUACUUCAUGGUGAGCUAUUAGACCAUCAUACACAAUAUCAAAUUUAACAUAUUUUAACUUUCUACUAAGAGAUUGGCAUGUAAAGCACAAAUUUGUUGAAUUUAUUGAAGUUAAUAGUGACUGGAAAAAAAAAUGCUCUGGAGGCCCAAUAGAUCUCUAAUACAACAAUAUUGGUCACACUAUCAGAAAGAAACAAAUAUUUUUAAUAAAGUGAUCACUUGAAACCCUAGCAGUAUAGAUCUCUUCUAUGGGGAUCAAGAGGAGGGAGAAAGUGUUUAUAUAAACCCCCCAUCCCCCUUUUAAAAUCUCAAUGAUACAUUUAAUCUUUAUUCCUGCACUGUGAUUUUCAUUGAAAAAAGAGAUUGGAUUUAUUCCCUACCCCAUAAACAUUUUUGUGUGCAUCCCCAUGGUCUCUCAACUGCUUUCAGCAAGGGAAAGAAAAUGAAAUGAAAUACCACAAAAAAAUUCAAACAGGACUUCUGUGAAUAAUUUGUAAAAACUUCUUCCUCAGGUGAUUUAAAAACGUACCUACUGUCUCGUAGAAAUUUGGUUGGCCAGGGUGUGAAAGAAGCUGAAGAUGUCAAGGCUGAAAACUUAACUCAAAUGGCUGUGGAUGUUGCUAAAGGGCUGGACUUUCUUCAUUCUCUCAAAUAUGUACACAGGUAAUUAAAUGUUGACAAAUGUACCCAGGUAAUACUGUCCAAUUUAACAGGCACACACAUAGAACAAGAUACAUUUUACUUUUUAGUUUAUUUUUCUAAGGAAUAAGACGUGGAUAUAGUGAGCCAUUGUUAAGGAGAUGAAGAUGAUUAACUAAUUAUAUGCAUCAUUUUGCAUGUUCCACAAAAACUAAAAUGGCCAAUACAAUUUCUUGUUUUACUUAAAUUUAGACAUUUUUAGAGCAACAUUUGAAAUUAAAAACAUCUGUUUAAAUACCUAUUUAAAAUAAAAAAAAUUUGGACCAAUUUUCAGAGAUAUUGCAUGUCGCAACUGCUUAGUUCACGCCAAUAAAACAGUCAAGAUUAGUGACUUUGGGAUGACAAGACAUAUCUCAAGUACCGACUAUUACCGCUUCAGCCGUAAAGGUAUUCAUUUCACCUUUAAAACUUUUUUUUUUAUUGUACAACUACUACACUAUCGUCUUGAUAUGUAUGUCAAUGGAAUUAUUUUAAAACGGGUUUAGUAUGUAUGCCUUUUUUUUUUUAUAAAACAAUGAAUGCAAUAAUGAAUACAGCAUACUUUUAUUUACUAGCAGUAAUGAAACUCCUGCAUCGUGAAUGUGUACUUGCGUUAGUCAACAGUGUAUAAUUCCAGCUACCACAUUAUGUGAAAAGGAUUAUUUGUUGAGCAGUUGUUUUUUUUAUAUUGGUAUCUCCACAAAGAAAAAAAGGAUUAAAAGUUAAGCAAUAUUUUUACCCAUAAGUUAGUAAACGUAAAGGGGGCAGCUUUUUUGUGUAAAAAAAUGAAAGAAUAAUUCAGAGAGAAAGGCACCAAGUAAUUCUGUUCUAGAAAUAAUAUUCUUUGUUAAUUGUUAACGGAAAGGAAAGUCUGAUUGACUUACUUCAGAGAACCACUCAUUCCUAUAAAAUCUGGAAUCUUGUACACCAUAGCCAGAAACUUUCACAAUACAUCAUCCUGGCUGGGCCAAGCAUUGUCCAACCUGUAUCAGGUACAAAAAUGCACAUUGUAGACUUCAUAGGGGCGAGCGCAUCACCUUCUGAAGAAAAAGUUCAGGAUUCUCAUUUUCAAAAACUUACGGGUCAACAAUAUAGAUCACAGUACACUCCUUUUUUGUAACAAUAGACGGUAUAACUGUGAUACUUGCUGCUGUUGAAUAAGAAUCUCUCUUGGAAUUGCUCUGGCACCUCUUUCAAAACAUUUCCCACCUUCACAAUCACUUACAUAUGAGCAAAAAUGAUGGUCAACUAUAAAUAUUUUUUACUUUGUUGAGAGACCCCAUUGCAGCGAGAACUGCAGAACAUAAAAUCUUUUUCACAUCUGGGAACACAUGGCAGCUAGAGCUAUGUCCUAUUGACAGAUGCACUUACUCAAGGUGUGGAUGUUUCAGUACUGUUACUUUUUGCUCAGUGUAUUGGGGUCUGUAAGUAAUAUAUUUUAAGAACAGAAAUAAAUAUUAAGAAGGAUAAGUAAGUUAUAUUUAUAUAAUUUUUUUUUAGCUGAUGAUGGGAAUAUUUAUUUUUAUUUACAGUAUUUCAUUUUAUUGUUGUGGUGGGAGAGAUUUCUUGAAAUGCAUUGUUUAAUAUAUUUAAAUUCUUGGAAUAUCCUGGGUACAUGCUUGUUAACCACUUGGAUUACACAUUUUGAACUGUUCAUUUAAAAAACUAAUCCUAUAAAUAUUAAUACUAUAAUUAUAAACAUAGGAAUAUUUCAUUUUUCCAGCCAUGUUGCCCGUGAGGUGGACAGCACCUGAAGCACUCAAAGAUGGCAUUUAUUCAGCAAAAUCAGACAUUUGGUCCUUUGGGGUAUUGGUUUUUGAAAUUGUCACUUUUGGUAGUUUCCCUUAUCAGGGACUCUCGAAUAAAGAGGUUUUGGACUAUGUGGGCAAAGGUAACCUACUCAUGCUUCCUGAAAAAUGCCCAGCUGAAUUGUAAGUAAAAGCCAUUUGUAGAUUUUCAUUGACUCGAUUUAACUAGAAAUUAAACAAGAAAUAACAACCAGAACCAGAUCAAGAACCUGUGUAGAAAUAGUAGAAUACAUUCUUCAGAACAAGUAUAUUUUUAUUACCUUGUUUAUUUAUUCUCUGUAUUCUUUACACUUUGAUGUUUUGUAUCAAAUUAAAGUUGACUAAACCUCUUGACUUUUAAACUUAAUUCUUCUAAUUCAUUAUUACUAUCCCUAAAAAUAACUUGUGAUGAGAGUUUUUAAGUAGAAUAUAAACAUAAUAUUUUCUAUUAACCCACUAGUUCAAUUCAAAUUCUUCAGUGUAAGCUGUGUUCUCUCCCAAUAAUUUUGGUCAGCAAAAUUAUCAACUUCUACUACUUCUAGUACUAAUUUACAAUCUAAUUGAGAGCCAGCUGCAAUAAUACAAGCAUCAGCAUAAGUUAAAUAGAUUCUACAUGGUUCAAAAUUUUUUGUUACUAAAGUCAUGUGACUAAAAUAAAAUAAGUAAUUUCUUAUCAGUUUUUAUGUGUUCAACACAACUAUAACAAUCAAAUAGUGAAAGUGGCUCUAGUCUUUUUGUGUACUCUAUAAACCAAUCAAUGUUUAAAUUAAAAAAGAGCAGAAAAUAAAUCUCUGUUGAUCUACCGGUACUUCUUAGAUUUCUUCACCUGUCUCUCGUACAGCUGUUUGGCAGCAUCUCUGUCUCUGGUAUCUUUGUUCCAUUGCUGUGACAUCUUGAUGAAAAUGUUCGCCAUAUUCUUCACUAAUCAUACACCAGUUUUCAGGGAAGCAAUGCAGAUGGGAAUGAAUGAAGUGGAUCUUAAGGGACACAUUGCAGCCAAGUUUCUGAUACUGCAUUAGCAUAUCUUCUACGUCUUGUUACUUGUAGUUUUCUUCCCUAACAUUCCUGAGAAAGUUUGUAAGACACUAGGUGAAAAGAAUUCCUUGCUUGUUUCGAAUUACCAUGCAACAAUUUGUGGAACCAGCUCUCAAAUCUGAGGACCCACAAAACCUCUUUGCUUUGCUGAGUUGAGGAAUUUUUCAUGCAGGUAAUCGGAAAGCUGACCAAGUCUGGUCUAUGGCUUUCAUGAAGGGGUGGUAGCAGGAUUUGUGAGCCUUGACCAGAGCUGAGUGCUGGAUAUUCUUCUCUCCAACUGCUUCAUUUAUUAUGCGAGUCCAUUCUUUCCUCAAGUAGUGCAUUUCCCUUGCUCGGCUAUCCUACUCACAUAAAUACAAGUAUUUGUAUAAUUUUGUAUAUCCCUGCCGCAGUCCCAUUAAAAGGUCAACUACCUUCAAAUCACCAGAGGUGCCAGCUGAACUUGUUAUACUCAAUGGAAUUCAGUAGCUGCUUUAAGUUAUGUCAUAUCUCUUUCAUAUGGACAGCAUACGCUACUGGAAUAGAUGGAAGACAAAAUGUACAAAAGCACAGCCUUAACACUGUGGCCCACUCAUGAGGCCUCAAUAUCGGAAAAUACUAGAUUACUUUCCUUUUUGAAGAAAGGCUCCAACUCCUUGUGGCGCUUUUGCUAUAAAGUAAUUGUGACAUCUUCUUCUAAAAGAUUCCAUUGUUGGAGUCUCGAGCCUCGCAAUUCUUCGUAGCAAAUCAUAAACCAGGUUAUUUAGUUCUUCCUGAGUUAAUCUGUGUGGGAUUGAUGAUGCACCACAGUGAAAAUCUGGAUCACUGCAUGCUGAUAGAAUACUGCAUGCUGCUGGAAAAAGGAGGAACCAAGCAGAAGUAACAGUCAAUUAUGUGGUUGCUUUGUUUCUCUCCACACCAUAGGGACUGCAAACAGCGUUGAUGCUCUUUGGCUAUUCAACCACUAUAAAAAGCUGUGCUGUACACGUAGCACAGUACCGGGUAUAUAUGUAUAUCUUCAAAACGAGAGCCAAUAAAAAAAUGUUCAUGCUUAUAUUCAUGUUCAGCACACCAAGAUACUACAGACUUUUUAAGUCAGUACCGGUAAUGAUUUCAAUGUUGACCAGUGCAGUCCCACUAAAUGAGCAUAAAGAGUCAUAAGGCAUUUUUUGUGUGACUGGUUUGAAAUUUGGGAGGGGGCUGAAGAGCAUAUAAGGCAGGAGUGGGUUUAAAUGGCUUAAUGAGAAAUUAAUGGACUUUUCCACCUGAUCUCUGGCAUAUGCAAAUACCAAAAUGUUUGAUUUUAAGAAUAGGAGAAAUGUUUUAAAGAUAAAAAAACGAUGUCUCUGUUUUGUAAUUUUGAAUGUUUAUCAAAAUGACUUGCACUAAAAAUGAUGUGUAACAAUGGUAUUCAUGCUGUUCACAGGAAAUCAUUUAUUCGAUGGUGCUUGUCCUAUGAUCCAGGAUACAGACCAGACCUUCUCGACAUUCUCAGUUUCCUCAACUUUAGCCCAGCCUUUCUCACCCCUUGCCUGGAUGCACCCACCACAAGCAUUGUUCAUGAAGACACUGACUCCUUAGAAAUGCCAGCCAGCCAAGGGGUUUCAAGUCAUCUCUUGGCCUCAUCUGUCCCCCAGUCAUCCACAAACACUGACCACCAAGCAUGGCAGGAGAAGCUCAAAGACAAAAAGAAAACAUUUUCGGUGCCUGGUCUGUCUUCGUUGGGAAAAUCUGGGAAAUCAACUGUGUCCACUCGGUCGCCUGUCUCAUCUUCAAGAUCUUCAUCUGUGUGUUCAGGAAUGCUGCAAAGCAGUAGCAUAUGUGGGCUGAACACCUGCAGUAUUGCAAAUAGUGUAUCAGCAAAUGAGGAUGAGAGAGACGAUUGUGCUGGAAGUGAGACCCUCAAUUAUAAUUAUAUAAAAACUGAAAUGUUGCGACAUUCUUUGAGAUCUCAUCAUAAAGAUGGGGCUGCUGAUGUUGACAUUGAAACCAGUAAAAUUGAGCGCAGAAAAUCUAGUGUUUCUGACCACAGGCGAUUUUCUCUCAAUGCUGGUAGUGAUAAAGGAGACAUUAGCAGUGGCUACAUUAGUCAGAACUCUAAAGGAGAGUCUAAACAAAUAUGUCAGACUGUGACCUCUUUGUGAUGCUGUCGUUUUCAAACUGUUAACUUAUAAUACAGCCAUUGAAAAUCUUUCUAGAAAAGUGGUUUUUUUUUAUGCUUGUGAAAAUUUUCCAAAUAUCAACUUCAUUAAGGAUUUACAUGUUCUUGUAAGAGGAGAUUACAAUUUUUCAUGGAGAUACUUCACUUGUCUUCCAAAUUCACUAUUAAAUUAUAUAAUUUUUCCAUUUUUAGAAAUUUCUUUAUUUUCUAACUCAACUGUUUUGAUGAAACUGAAACAUUUUAUCUCUUUAACAUCUAAACCAGUGUUUCCCAUCCUUUUUGGUGCAUGCCCCACCUAAGCUUUUCUAAAAUUUGUAUGCCCCCUAUGUAGUAUACACCUAAUUUCAAAAUUUAAAUUGACUAAAAUUGCAAACA